CCUCAAAACCCGGUUGGGACCCUUGGUCGUCAAGUCAGACGCUACCAAACACAACAGGGGUUGACCGUAAAGCAAAGUCGGGUUCUUGAACUCGCCGCGACGCCUCAUCCUAUGUUUCCUGCUUCACAGCUGAUACGGCAAUCUGUUAUGAACGGCGUCUUCGGCACGGCACCAUCUGGUGCCCUUUACGUACGCCCCUCUACGAUUACGAGACUCCUGUGUGGAAGCUGAGCUUUCACGAACGAGACGUCAUCCAAGUCAUUACCUGGCUCGAGAGCGGUUGGUGGGAUGGCAUGAUUGACGGCGUUAGAGGCUGGUUUCCGAGCAACUUCUGCCAGAUCAUCACGAACCCGGACGAGCUGUUGGAGCUGGAAGAGGGCGUCGACAAGGAGCGCCUUGCCAAGAAGCUUGCCGAAAACCAGGGCGCGAAGAUCGGGCACGAGUAUACUCUCCUCAAGGGCUUCCAGGUCAUCUAUCCCGAGGGAACCGUCAUGGCCCUGGAUGAGGAUAAAAAUAUCAAGCACGUCGAGCUGAAUCAGGAGGUUACCACGUAAUGAUAAGAGUAGGAGCGUUCUCAGCGUGAGCAUCGGUGCCAGGUGAUAGGGGUUUCAACCGGGAGGUGGACUGCGGGGCAUGAUCGCGGAAGAGUUGGUGCUACUGCGGAUUGCCCAUUCAUUACUGAGGAUAAAGCUGAGUGAAUAUUCAGCUGAGUCCCUGUUCGGGUGUCUUCUCUCAACAUACCUUGUUACGAUAGUUAUUCC